GGAUGUAAUCCUCUUGCUGAGACUGGUCGAAGCAAACUUCAAAAUCAAAGAGCUGUCCUAAACCAACAGAUCUUAAGAGCAGUAAGAAUGAGAGCUGGUGCUGAAAAUCUUUUAAGAGCAACCACCAACAACAAAGUACGUGAGCAGGUACUACUGGAACUGAGUUUUGUAAACUCAGACCUGCAGAUCCUAAAGGAGGAAUUGGAAGGACUUAAUAUCUCAGUAGAAGUUUAUCAAAAUACAGAAGAGACUUUCAGCAUUCCGUUGGUACCUCUUGGCCUGAAGGAAACCAAAGAAGUAGACUUUACACUCCCGCUCAAGGACUUUAUUCUAGAACACUAUAGCGAAGACAGUUCUGAGUAUGAAGAUGAAAUAGCAGAUCUCAUGGAUCUGAGACAAGCCUGCCGCACUCCUAGCCGAGAUGAAGCUGGCAUUGAGAUGUUGAUAAGCUAUUUCCUUCAACUUGGUUAUGUAGAAACCAGAUUUUUCCCACCCACCAGGCACAUGGGAGUUUUAUUUACAUGGUAUGAUUCCUUCACAGGUGUCCCAGUGUGUCAGCAAAAUCUGUCACUUGAAAAAGCUAGUAUUUUAUUCAACAUCGGAGCCCUCUACACCCAGAUUGGAACAAGAUGCAAUCGUCAGACCCAGGCUGGACUUGAAAAUGCUGUUGAUGCUUUUCAGAGAGCAGCAGGAGUACUAAGCUACUUAAAGGAGACCUUUACGCACACACCAAGUUACGAUAUGAGCCCAGCUAUGCUGAACGUACUAGUAAAAAUGAUGCUUGCCCAAGCUCAAGAGUGUGUUUUUGAGCAGAUUGGUCUUCCUGGAAUACGGAAUGAGUUUUUCACACUAGUGAAAAUGACACAGGAAGUUGCCAAGGUGGGAGAGGUUUACAUGCAGGUUAACACUGCCAUGAAUCAGGAACCAGUGAAAGAGAAUAUCCCCUAUUCCUGGUCUAAACUGGCACAAGUGAAGUCAGACCAUUACAAAGCUCUGGCACAUUACUUCAUUGCCACCAUUCUGUGUGACCAUGAAUUGCAGUCUUGUGAUGAUGAAGAUCAUCAGGAGAAAGCCUUGUCCCAGUUGUAUGACUACAUGCCUGAAGGACUGAUGGUUCUCACAGUUUUAAAGGACAAAGUUCAGAGGAAACAAUUAGGGAAAGCACAUUUACGCAAAGCCAUUGUUUACCAUGAAGAAGCUCUAAGAGCCUGUGGUCUGUGCAAAAAGCUUCGAAAUAUUGAUGUUCUUCAGGAGGUUUUGACAGCUGCACAUAAGCGCUCACUUCUCAAAUAUGCUCAGCAAGAGACAGAAGAUGACUUUCUCAGCCUAGUCCAGGCUCCAGAUAUCCUUUCUAAAACAGAGCAUAAAAUAGAAACAAUCGCUCCUCAGUUUUCCAAGGUGAAAGUUAAAGACUUCUUUCGCAGGCUGGGCCCAUUGCCGGUGUUCUCAGCCAAGCAGAGAUGGACAGCUCCACGUACCAUUCGCAUCCACCAUGAAGCAGGAGGGCUAGGAUUCAGUCUUAAAGGAGGUUCACCAGCACAGGUUUAUUGUCUUGAUCCAGGCUGUUCUGCAGCAUCAAUGGGCCUAAAAGAAGGUGACUACAUUGUUUCAGUUGGUGGUGUGGAUUGCAAGUGGCUUGGAGUGAACGAGGUGCUGGAAAAAUUAAAAAGCGUGGGAGAGCAGCCCAUUGAGUUCGAGGUUAUCAGUUGCCAGGAUACAGCGGCAUCUAUGCAUAGUAAGAGUGCAACUUAUUCUGUGGGAAUGCAGAAAACAUACUCCUUAAUUUGUUUAGCCAUGGAAGAGGAUAAGAUUGAUCACACCAAGAAAGCCCCACUGAAACUGCCUUUUCUAAGUUGGGGAACUAAAAAUAGACAGAAAGCUGCAAGCACCCUCUGCCUUCCUUCAGCUGUGGCUGGAAGUUCUCCGAUUAAGAAGAAGCUUUCUCCUUUCACGCUUCUGAAUACGGAAAGUUCAUUGUACUGA